AUGUCUCACGGCUUUUCCAGUCUUAAUGGCCAGGGUAUAGUUCCUGCAUUCCCUGGUCUGUCAGCCCGAAGCAUCCCAGAAGAUCCAGAUAUCCAACGCGAGACUCUGCGAUUGCUAGUGCAGUAUUCUAGGGUCUCUUCUCUACCGGAGAAUCCGUCCACUCCGGCCACCUCUGGUAAUACGAGAGACGAGGUCAGAGAUGUCUGGCAGAGUCCGCGGACUGAAGUCCAACCUAGUGAGGGCUCACCUCUUCAAAUAUCACCUCGACUCAUGGGUUCAUCAAGUGGCAGCCAUGCCACUCAACCUUCUCCUUCCCACUCUAUCGCUCCUUCCUCUGGCAGUCCAAUUCGGGUUUCCCCUCGCACUUCUUCGCGCGCUUCUUCCCGCGCUUCUUCCCGCGCUUCCUCCCACGCUCCUUCCAGGGCUCCUUCCCGACUUCCAUCUCCCCAGUCUGUUUCUGUCUCUAUCCCUUCCUCACAUGGCAUCUCUCCAAGUCACCGGGAGCGCCAACGGACUCUUAGGGAAAGUGUGGCAAUCUCAAAUGCCAGUAGGAACGAUGAGAUAACUGCACCCAUGCCAAAGCAGCAUUUCUCUUACUCACAGGGUGUCAUGUCAUCUGCCUCCAGAUCCCCUCACUCCCGGUCAAUAUCGCCAACCUCCGAGCAAAAUUUUAUUCGUCGUUCUAGCCGAAAUAGAGCCAAACCGAUUAAUUAUUACGCCAAUCCUUGGGUCAAUGUUCCCGUUGAAUCUGAAGAGCCAGACAUUAAUGUCGAAGCUAUUCCGGACACAGUCGCGUCUUCUCCACAGGAGCCGCGUCGCGUUUUACCCCGUCGUCCAAAUGUCCAAAAGCUGCUGUAUAGCCGUGAGCUUGGAGGCGGAAAUCAUCGCCCCAUUCUCGCCGAUGUGGUCUCAGAUCUGAGACCAUGGAAAUCAUGGCAAGGCGCUUCGGGCGAUCUGCUUGUUCUGGCUUGGUCGCCUGAUGGUACUCAGUUUGCGGCAGGCGCCGCAGCUAAAUCAGAUGAACAUAAUAUGCAGUACAACAAGACGAACAAUCUCCUUUUAGGUGAUCUUCAAAGCAAUCGUCUAAGGGAAAUUCCAGACCAUUGGAUUCCACGCCCCACAACUUCGACAGUUGAUGACCCACGGCUGUUUAUGAGUGUCAAUAAUAUGCAGUGGAUUGGCAACCGACUCUACACCGCUAGUUUUGACAAAACUGUCAAGAUUUGGGACGUGGAAUCAAUCUGCAACGUAUCCUGCACUCAUACCUUGCAGCAUGAUUCCCGGGUGGCAGUGAUGUCCGUCUCGAGAUUCGAUCCGGAUAUAUUGGCUACAGGGACUGAAUCAAUUUUGGUCUGGGACACACGAGAUCCCGAAAAUAUGACAUCGACUCUCCUUCCCAUCGACCGCGAUGCACGGUAUAAGCCCAACUUUGAGUUCUCAUCGACGGCCCUGGCCUGGGGGCAUACUCCGUCGACUAAGGAAUUCUUAGCCGGAGGUCUGGCCGAAAUAGGGGAGGAUCCAGUAUACAAAGGUCACCUAGGGUUAUGGCGAGCUCGCGAAUCUGCGUUUGAGACCAUCAAGAUGGCUUCCAACUCACUAAAUGUCUUUGACAUCAAAUGGCACUCUUCGUUGCCCUUUUUUGCAACGGCCAGCCCUGAGGAUCCUCACAACGCACGCAUGAAAGGUAUUGGCAUUACCACGAAAUCAAUAGUGAGGGUGUUUAGCCUCAAUUGUGACCUCCAAAAGCGCGUGCCGUCCGUGCUGGAAUUCUCCUGCCCGGCCUUAGAUAUCAACGAGGUCAGUUUCUGUCCAAUGGGUUCAAACAGCACAUAUGUCACCGCUAGUUGCACGGAUGGAAAAACCUAUGUUUGGGAUAAUCGGAGGGGCGAUAGAAUUCUUCACGAACUUCGCCAUAACUCUCCCCUUAACCCGAUGGAUCACCAACGAAGCCGGGAAACGGCAGACGUGGGCGUCAGGGUAGCUCUGUGGGGUUCGUCUAUGGACCAAUUCUACACCGGUGCGUCCGAUGGUGUUCUCAAACGAUGGGAUAUUCGCCGGUCACCAGAAGAUGUCCUCGUCGAGGAUGUCGCAUCUUUUGAUGAGGAGAUCAUGUGCGCAUCUUUCACCGAUGAUCAAUCUCAACUCCUCGUCGGGGGGUCUGGAGGGGGCGUGCACGUGCUCUCAUCGGGACCUUAUUCGGAUCCUAACAUAGGAACUUUCCAGUUCGAACAUGCCCCAGAACCCGAAGAGCAUAGUGUUAGUGGUAUCGUUGCGGGAAAUCAGCUUGUCUCAUCCGGCCAGGUUGUAAAGCACGAAACAUUUGGGAUGGGUCAAGGGCCCUCUUACACGGGGCCUUUUGCUAUGUGGGCUAGGAACGCAAAAAAAAACGUUUCUCUUGGUCGAAUUGGGGAUCUUCCUUUGCUCAAAAGAUAUCAGAGCCAACAAUUGGAUGGACCACCGCCUGAAGAUCGUCACGAACUCGAUUUGAAUCAGCGACAAGAGGUCGAAAGACAAAUACAAAUUGCCGAAAUACGAAAUCGAGGAUUCCAUAAGAGAAAACGCCAGGAGCCUUCUAUGAUCGUCUUUCAAGGCCCUAUAUAUUUGUCUUCCCUUGGCUCUUCUCGGCCGGGGAAGAAGAGGAAGAAAAAAGCCGAGAGAAUGGAUGUGAAAAGGGAAGGAAAUCAAGAGGGAAAUGGAGCAGACAACAGAGAAGAUAAAGCGAAAAAGAAAUCUCGGACGAAAAAGAAGGCUCGCAGGUUCGCGUCUCGGAUAAUUAGCAACACAGAAUAUGUCGACCUUACUCUCCUGGAUUCAGACACGGAGAUGGAGACGUCAAACCGACAUCGGUUCAACCUCGAGGAACUACUUGAGGCUCUUGAAGAAGAUAACUGGUUCCCGGCUAGUGGGGAAAUCGAUCCUAACUUCCAAAAGGAGAUCGUCUAA